AUGUUGUAUCUGGCUAUUUCUGCUACUCUGUCAGAAAACAUUAAAAGUGUCCGUGUCAAGGACAGUGUCCAAGAACCAGCUGAGUAUACGUUCCAAAUAUCAUGUAACAACUGUAGGGAAGUGAACCCUGCUCCAGUUUUGAUCAAUUCUGUGGAAAAACAUGAUAUGGCAGGAAGCAAGGGUGAAGCCUCAUUUACAAUGAAGUGCAAAUUCUGUAGUACCGAAUGUUCUGUCAACUUGAAUCAUUUUGAAGAAUCCUUAGGUGCUGAACCACAGAUUAGCAAAGAUAAAAGGAAAAAAAGUGGGUUAGCAAAACUUUCCACAGAUUCUGCAGCAAUCCUACAAUUGGACUGUAGAGGUUGUGAAUUGACUAAGUUUUAUUUUGAUAACAAUUUGACUUUCGUGGUGGAAUUAGUUAGUGGUAACAAAUUAGAAUGUCAAUUCGAUCAAGGUGAAAAUGAAUGGUAUGAUUACGAUGACGAUGCAGGUGAAGAAGUUUCAAUUACAGAUUUUGCUUGUGAGUUUUUUAAAGGUAAAUAA